CGCCUGGUGGCGCCUGCGCAGUAGACAGGGCGUUGAGGCCCCCGCCGGCGGCGCCUGCGCAGUGGGCCGGGGGAGCUAUGGGGAGCGUGGCGGGGCUGCUCCUGCUCCUGCUGCGGGGGCCCCCCAACGUCGGGGGUCCCGUGCGCGGCCUGUGGGGGGCGACGCUGAGCGCACGCACGGCACGCACGGACGCACGGCGGCCCCACGUGACGAGGGAAUUGCUCCGCCUCAGCUCAUCAGAUGCCACUCAGGCCACGCUAGCCAGCGUGGCACCGGUGUUUGCCGUGACGAAAUUCGACAAGAACGGAAACGUCACGUCUUACGAGAGGAAGAAAAUCGAAUUGUACCAGGAAUUGGGUCUCCAAGCCCGAGAUUUACGUUUCCAGCAUCUAAUGAGCAUCGCCGCCAGAAACAACAAGAUUAUCAUGAGAAUGGAGUCCUUGAAGGCUGUGAUAACCCCAGAAUAUCUUCUGCUACUAGAUCACCGCCACGUCCAGCCGGAACCGUGGCUGUUCCGCGACCUGCCAGCCCAGCUGGCCCUGGAGGGCCAGCUCCUCACCGCCUCCUUGCCCUUUGAGUUCAGAGCCACGGAGGCCCUGCUGCAGUAUCGGGUGGGCGCCUUGCGGGGGAAACUGAGCGCCUUGCAGCCCCUGAUCCUGGAGACGCUGGAGGCCCUGGUGGACCCCAAACAUUCGUCGGUGGACCGCAGCAAGCUGCACGUCCUGCUGCAGAACGGCAAGAGCCUGUCCGAACUUGAGACGGAUAUUAAAGUCUUCAAAGAGUCCAUCCUGGACAUCCUGGAUGAGGAGGAGCUGAUGGAAGAGCUCUGCUUGACCAAACGGACGGAUCCCGCGGCGGCGGCGGGGAGCAGAGGCGGGAUCGACCACGCCGAAGAGAUGGAGCUGCUGCUGGACAACUACUACCGGCUGGCGGAAGACCUGGCCAACCAGGCUCGCGAGCUGCGGGUCCUGAUCGACGACUCGGAGAGCGUCAUCUUCAUCAACCUGGACAGCCACCGGAACGUGAUGAUGCGGCUGAACCUGCAGCUGACCAUGGGCACCUUCUCCCUCUCGCUCUUCGGCCUCAUCGGCGUGGCCUUCGGCAUGAACCUGGAGUCCUCCCUGGAGGAGGACCACCGCGUCUUCUGGCUGGUCACGGGGAUCAUGUUCAUGGGGAGCGGCCUUAUCUGGAGGCGCCUGCUGUCGUUCCUCGGCCGCCACCUCGAAGCGCCGCCACCCCCGGCGAUGCCCUCCCUGCCCAAGAGGACCCUACGAGACGUCAGAGACGGGGAGAGGAAGAAUGGACCGAGAACAGAGGGCACGGGAUCGAGCCGAAGCUUCCUCGCGCCCCGAUAAGGAGCGGCGGCCGGGCCCAGGCCCCCACGUCGCCACGCUCGCCCGGCGAGCGGUUAGGCGCAUCCCCAGGCCUCCCUUUCCCCGGCAGCCCAACCGGGAUCACCCUAUUCCCGGGCAAGGACCCCAGGGCCCGGGUGUCCUUCCCGGCGAGCCGGUGGCGGAGGAGCCGGGAUCUCUGCGGACAGAACGGGAGAACGCGUCGGGAGCCGUAAGGUGCAGAGGUGGGAGUGGGGAUGCCCGCCCCGCCUUUGGCAUGCUGGCAGAAAAAACGUAGAAAAGAGGGCUCCUGAACCGGGAGAGGGAUUGGAUUCCUUGGAAACUCAGGUAACGGGCCCGCUCCCAGCGUGGAUCCAAUCGCUUCUGGGCACACCCCGGGCAGACGGGGGAAACGGUGAUGUUUGAGCCGAACUAAAGAUCCUAGAGCUACUUAUUUGGGGGAAGGAAAGGCGCUCACGUUACGUUUUCAGGUAACUUUUGGGGUGCGGCGCGGAAGCCGGGGCGACGCUGGGGGCCCACGGUUCUGCCUUGGCCUGGUGAAUACAAUUGAUUGAUUGAUUGAUUGGUGAAGCCGGGGGGCGGAGGAGGAGGAGUCCGAAAGACCCAUCCUCCUCAGCCUCCCCCAUUCAUUCAUUCAGUCGUAUUCAUUGAGCGCUUACUGCGUGCUGAGCACCGUAAGAAGCGCUUGGGAAGUACAAGUUCCCAAGCCCACCGAUCCCGCUUCCCACCCCUCACGCCUCCGACGCCAGGGUGAAAUGCGGGGCUUAUUAGGAGCGGCGUGGAGGUAAACCGGGCGGCUCUCUCCGUCAGGCUUGGGGCUUCUUGAAAUAAAGAUGGUCUUGCGGUAA